AUGACACAGCUAUCAGUUCAAACCUUUUCUGAAGCCAUUACCCUCCCGUUGGCUCUCCCGGCGGUAAUAUCGCUCGUAGUCUCCGACUGUCACAUCCUUUCCGGUAUUCAAGUCAAGUUGGAGUUGCUUCAACACCUCGAGCUCUUCUUUGAGCAAAACCUCCCGAAUCUUAGUAUCCUUUCCGCAUGUCGAGCUCUCCGGACGUUGAGCAUAUCAACAGACUCGGAGGAAGAGAGAGAGGAAUCUGAAUUAUGCCUUCCCAACCUCCGUGUGCUGACAAUUUGGAAUUCUGAAGAUCCCUUCUCCACAUACAAGAUCAAAUUUCCAAUGUUGGAAAAGGUGGUUUCGUACCGAAGCAGCGGAUGGGAUGUUCGGUCGGGUGCACGACCAUCCAUAUUCCAUCAAUAUCUCUUGACCUCCGCUUCGUCCGGACAUCUGUCUCUUCUCCAGAAGCUGCUUCAGAAGGGCGAUGGGAUCGAAACGCUCAUUAUUUCACGGUGUACCCCGGACAACCCCGACCUUGUGGCUGCGAUCCAAUCUGCAAAGAAGGCAAAGGCCAUUUGCUCUUCGCUGCGCCAGCUGACGGUCAUAGCUGAGGAUGGGACGGCGACGCCCAUCGACUUUUUGAACAUGUAA